CAUAACAUUAAUGGUUGUAUAAUUGUUGUUUUGCUUCGUAUAUUUUUGCUUCUCGCCAUUAUAACAAAGAGGUAUGCAAAACAAAUUCUCCGACGAUCAUUGUCAAAUGGAAGCAGCAAUACAUACAUGGCCGUCCCUAAAGGUUAUUUUGAUGUUUAUGUUGGGGAACAAGAGAAGAAGAGAUUUGUGGUUCCAGUAUCAUUGUUAAGCCAACCUGCAUUUCAAGAAUUAUUAUAUCAAACAGAGGAAGAAUUUGGGUACAGCCAUCCAAUGGGUGGCCUCACCAUUCCAUGCAGCGAAGACAUAUUCACUGAUCUUGCUUCUCGUUUGGGGGCAUUAUGA